UUCCCUGGGGCAAAGCCGAGGACUGCGAGGUGCGUCCGAGGGCCGGAAAGCUAUCUGAGAUCGAUUCUGAGUUCAAGGAUCAAGUCUGCCUUCAAACCAUUUUACAGAUAGGGAAAUCCGAGACCCAGAGAAAGGACACUCGUGCCCAAGGAGUUGAAAGAAGCCAGGGCCAGGGCUUUCUUCGCGUAGCUGGGAGUGCAGGCGCGCGCCCUUGGGGAGCACAGUCCCUAAGGGAGCUGAGGCCAAAGCCGGAACUGUGCUGUUUAGGGGUUCGAGACGGCACUGGAGAGCUGGACCUCAAUUUCUCCAGCACUACCUUUGUUGCCUCAAUUUCUCCAGCACUACCUUUGUUGGGGGAACGGAGAUGGGGAUACUGGCCGAACGCGCGCCUGCUGAGACACAGUCCGACUGUAUUUAGACGCCCCGUCCCUCCCCACAUCUGAUCAAAACCCCUUUUUUCAAGAACCCGCAAUCUCCCAGUCCUUUAAAAUCCGGCCCUGCCGUUCGAGUCUCUCUGCGUUCUAUUGGAAAGACUCGGGGCUCCAGCUCCCAACUCUAGAAUGAACUGCUCUGACUGCCGCCCAGCUUUCCUAGAUGGUUAACUGCGCAGGCGCAAGGGCCACCAACCGGGUCAGCGGAAGAGCUGGGUGCCGACCGCGCUAGGUGGCUCAGGGGCGGAGAGCGUGCUAACCAAUGACUUGAGGGAGUAGGGGGGCGGGUUUGGGCCCUCAGUUGCUAAGCGCUAACGAGUGGGAAGUGGUUCAAGAUAUGGGGUGAAGUGUGGUUCACUGGCUCUUCAAGUCACCAGCCUUCUGGCCCGCGGAAGUUAAGCAACCGGGAGGCGGGCCUAAGGCCGGAAGAAGGAAGGAGGGCGCAGGAAGCAGGGCGCCGCAGCCAGUCGUCCAGUCCUUCGGUUGGUCUGUCGGUGCCGAGGGCAGGAUGGAGAAGCUGCGGCUCCUGGGCCUCCGCUACCAGGAGUACGUGACUCGUCACCCGGCCGCCACGGCCCAGCUGGAGACGGCAGUGCGGGGCCUCAGUUACCUGCUGGCAGGUCGAUUCGCCGAUUCGCACGAGCUGUCAGAGCUGGUGUACUCUGCCUCUAACCUGCUUGUGCUGCUCAAUGACGGGAUCCUACGGAAGGAGCUUCGGAAAAAGUUGCCUGUGUCACUGUCCCAGCAGAAGCUGCUGACAUGGCUGAGUGUGCUGGAGUGCGUGGAGGUGUUCAUGGAGAUGGGAGCUGCCAAGGUGUGGGGUGAAGUGGGCCGUUGGCUUGUCAUCGCCCUCAUCCAGCUGGCCAAGGCUGUACUGCGGAUGCUUCUGCUGCUUUGGUUCAAGGCUGGCCUCCAGACCUCACCCCCCAUCGUUCCACUGGACAGAGAGACCCAGGCACAGCCCCCGGAUGGUGACCACAGCCCUGGCAGCCACGAGCACUCCUACGUGGGGAAGCGGUCAAACCGGGUGGUACGAACCCUCCAGAACACACCGUCCCUGCACUCCAGGCACUGGGGAGCCCCCCAGCAGCGGGAGGGAUGGCAGCAGCAGCACCCUGAGGAGCUGAGUGCGACCCCCACCCCCCUGGGGCUGCAGGAGACCAUCGCAGAGUCCUUGUACAUUGCCCGGCCACUGCUGCACUUGCUCAGCCUGGGCCUAUGGGGUCAGAGGUCAUGGAAACCUUGGCUCCUGGCUGGUGUUGUGGACGUGACCAGCCUGAGCCUCCUGAGUGACAGGAAGGGCCUGACCCGGAGGGAGCGGCGGGAGCUGCGGCGCCGGACCAUCCUGCUGCUGUACUACCUGCUCCGCUCUCCGUUCUAUGACCGCUUCUCUGAGGCCAGGAUUCUCUUCCUGCUCCAGCUGCUGGCUGACCACGUCCCUGGCCUUGGCCUGGUCACAAGGCCGCUUAUGGAUUACUUGCCCACCUGGCAGAAAAUCUACUUCUACAAUUGGGGCUGACAGACCUCCCGGAAGCAAGAUGUGGGGAGGAGCGAGGCAGGGGGCCCCCCUUCCCUAAUAAAACUGACUCCGGCAGCGUC